AUGCAAGCAAAAUAUGGUGACUAUCAGCCGGAAACCCAUAAACCUGGCUGUCUAACUGCAGACAGGCUUCUUCCACAACGAGUAGCAGGUCAAUUCAAAAUGAGCUCUGACGACUGGGAGAAGAGAAUCAUGACUUGGUGGGCUGAUCACAAAGGUACUACUCGUGAACAAGCAAUGCUCGAAUACCUGAAACUUGCUCAGGAUCUUGAGAUGUAUGGCGUUAAUUAUUUUGAAAUUCGCAACAAAAAGGGUACCGAUCUGUAUCUGGGAGUCGAUGCGUUGGGCCUCAAUAUCUACGAGAAAUCUGAUAAGUUAUCGCCGAAGGUUGGAUUUCCGUGGUCCGAGAUACGCAACAUAUCGUUUAACGACAAGAAGUUUGUGAUCAAACCUAUUGAUAAAAAAGCGAAUGUGAGUGUUUAUCAUUUAGUCAUCGGAAUCAGGUUCAACGAAAUUUGUGUAGUCUUUUCAUAUGACUAUCAGUUCGAAGGUGGUCUAGACUAG